AUGGCAGGGCGAAGGAAACACACAUGGACUACUGAAGAGGAUACAAAGUUGAUUGAAGCAUUGUUGGAGUUACAUGUAUCCGGAAAGUAUGGUGGUGCUGACAAUGGAUUCAAACCCGGUUAUUUGAAGGCAGUGCAACAAUUACAAGAUAGUCAUAAAGGUGCUGCAUGUUUUCGCGAUAAACCAUUUCCCCAAUUCGAUAACCUGUGUAAAAUAUUUGGUAAGGAUAGAGCUGCUGAGACACAACAAACUACUCGUGUCAAUAGUAAACGCAAACGGCCUCCAACGGAUGACGCCGAAAGCUCUUAUAAGGAAGCAGCGAAAGAAAUGAAAGAGACUUUCAAGGAGGUUGGUGAGAAACUUAAUGAAACAAUAUACAAUAUAGGAAAGCAAGAAAACAAGGAAGCAUGUGAUAUGAUAGAUAAAGUUGUUGAAGAUAUACAACGCAUGCCAAAUAUUAAUGUCGUACAGCGAAUUAAGGCGAUUGACAUAUUUAGCAAAGAUCAAUUUCGCGCCCGAGCGUUUUUUAAGAUGACAGAAGAAGAAAAGAUUUGUUACAUGGAAAUGAUUGCGGAUGGUUCAAUAUCAUGA